AUGUCUGACUUCAGCGACACUGAAUCCGAGUCUAGCGUGUCUGAGAGUGGAUGGGAUGCAGCUGACUUCAUGCAACUGGCCGCUGAGCUUGGGCGGAUCGGGGAAACCCCUGCGCUACUGGAGGUACCAGACGCGCUCAACACUUUGCACAGUCUCGAUAUAUGCGCUGUAGAACAUGACGAGCAGUUGCACGAGACUAUACAGCAUGUCUCGAAUGCCCUGAUAUCCUUCCUUGACUCUAUCGUUUUACCGCACGAGCGGCAUAUGGGAGAGGUGCAAGCCAACCUACUCGCGCUGCUGGACGAGUCAUGCAUGGCUCUGUUACUCCAAUACAGGGUACUGUUCCGUGCCAUUGCCUCUCGUAGCAUGGUCGAGUCCUCGUCAUCAAUCCCGACUGCAAGCUGGCUGCACCAUCUCGACGUGUCUGCCGCGGAUAUUUCAAUAGGGCACUCCGUCGGAUGGUGGGACGAUCAGCUGGUGGACGCACUCGAGUGUGACCCUCCAACGGCCCUCUCCAUGAUGUCUCGUCUUCUUUUGGCUAUCGUUACAUCCAAGGACUCCGCGGUCGCACUGCGUGAGAAUGCCACUAUGGAUGUUGUCUUGAAAAUAUGUUGGAGUGUCAAGCAUAUGCUACAAGCAAUGCCUUUGGACGAUGCGACGUUGUCAGUCUUAUACGGGAUCAUGUAUAAGCUAUUUCUCCGACUCGGCGACCAGGCGCUAGACUUGGCCGUCAAGGACCUCAUCGUAGAAGUGCUGUCGCUGUCGCUUGAGAACGUCCGCCUUGCAUUGGCUUCUCUCUGCGACCCGAAGUCUGAAUGCCCUCUUAAGUGGGAACAGAAACUUAGUCAUCACAUAAAAUCAGCCAACAAGUCUUGUCGAGACGAUACCUCCGUGCUGGAACUACGCAGCAUGAGACAAGCUUUGCAGGUCCUCGCUCUGGCCUGGAGAGCCGACUGUACGCCUUUCCCCGCGUCAGAAACGAUGUCUCGGCGCUUUCUCUCUGUUCUUCUUGGCUGGCUGGAGUCGGAAUCUCUAGAGUCGCUGGUCUGGACUAUGCUCGGCGACGCAACAAUCGGUGCACUGGCUGUGUCCUCACGCUCUGCUACAACUCUUACGGACUAUUGUUGGGCUAACUUGAUCUGGGGGCUCUUCCAGGACGCAGACCCGGCCGAUCUUCCCAUGGCCGCGUCACUUGCUGCAUACAUGAUAGCUAUAGUCCAAGUCAGCCCUGUCGAAGGUCUGGUAUGCGCAGAGGCUUGGGAUUACUUCCGCGACGUGAUGCUGUUGAUCCUCAACCGCGACUUUGGCGGGGCGGACGAACCAUUCGCGCUUCUAGUCUGUCCUCCUAUAUGUCGAGUCCUCGUAGCACUGGUUCGGAACGCGCCUCAGGCUACUGUACGAUAUUACUCGGCAUCUCCGUGGACCGGAUGCAUGGUCAUGCACAUGAAGAGUGUCAAAGAGGAGGACGAGCAAAACGAUGAAUAUACGAGUAUGCUCCGCGAAUUGAUCGGCCCAUUCGUGGAGGUGCUCUUCCUUUCGUUGGAGGAGAGAGCACGAAAGACGUCGCGAAAGACCCGCUCCAGGGGCACGGUCACCGAUCAGCUUAAGAACCUGGAUGACCUAGAAUUCACGUUCUGUUGGAGUCAGGGACAGGCGUGUCUCGUUCCGAGUUGA